UUAUGAUUAUUAAAAAAGAAGACAAUAAUAAUUUAAAUGUAAAUCCAGACUUGGCAGAAGAACGAAAUAAAGCAACCUUUGACCCUUUCAAACUUGGAAAUUUCUUUUGGCAAGGCCAGCUACAAAGACGAAAAGAAAUUUUGUCCUAUGUGGAGGCACAGGGGGCAGAAUUACGCCCAAGGGUGCCCGAAGUUUUUAUGACUAGAAUGGAACAAAUGGAGGAUGUGUCUAGACUUUCAGUAGCAAUGGCUAAUCACGCGGAGAAGGUGAUUGACGUUUUCAAACCGGAAGAACAAUUUUAUUUUAACAGCCUAAUCUGCGGGUUUAACGGCUCCCCCUUUCACUUGCACCUAAUAAUGGCAGUACCAGCAAUGAUUAAUAGCUGUGACGAUGACCAAGCAACUGAAUGGCUUCCAAAGUUGUUAAAUAGAGAAUUAAUUGCGACUUAUGCCCAAACAGAAAUGGGGCAUGGAACAAAUCUGCGUGCAUUAGAGACAACAGCAACUUAUGACCCUUCAACUGAACAAUUUAUUUUAAAUACCCCCACAAUUACCGCAACCAAGUGGUGGCCUGGAGCCUUGGGGAAGUCUGUCAAUUAUGCAGUUGUAAUUGCCCAAUUGUGGACUAAUGGAAAGUGUUAUGGGCCACAUCCAUUUUGGGUACAGCUGCGUGAUCUGGAGACACACAGAUCCUUGCCUGGCAUUACUCUCGGUGAUAUUGGCCCCAAAUUGGGGACACCUUCAAAUGACAACGGCUUCUUGCGCUUUGAAAAUUACCGUAUCCCCAGAAGACAUAUGCUAAUGAAGCAUGCAAAAGUACUACCCUCUGGUGAAUACGUCCCUCCUUUACAUGCAAAAGUUGGGUAUACUUCAAUGAUGUAUGUUCGUUCAAUGAUGAUUUAUGGACAUGCCAUUUAUCUUGCUCAGGCAGCUACAAUUGCUAUCAGAUAUUCUUGUAUUAGACGGCAAGGAGAGAUUAAGCCUGGUGCCGGAGAAGUAAAAGUCCUCGAUUACAAAACACAACAAUACCGGCUUUUACCAGUCCUUGCCCAUGUUUAUGCCAUUGCAUUUACCGGACUCUAUAUUAACCAACUUUAUCACACUGUAAUUGGAGAUAUUAAUGCUGGAGAUGUCUCAUUACUAGCCGAUCUCCACAGUUUAGGAUCAGGAUUGAAAGCAUUAACAAGCUGGCAAAUAACCCGAGGGGUAGAGCAAUGUAGACUGGCUUGUGGGGGGCAUGGCUAUUCUGAUGCUAGUGGACUCCCUUCAAUUUAUACGAUGGUUGCUGGAAGCUUGACUUAUGAAGGAGAAAAUAUAGUUAUGUUGCUACAAACAGCUAGAUCUUUAAUGAAGGUAGCAGCAGAAUGUAGUUGUGCUACUGAUUCUAUAGAGAAGAUGAAGGAAAAUGAAGGGAAGAUGAAGAAUCCGAUUACUGGAUAUAUUUUUAGAAAGCCUACUGGUUCUAGUCAAAUAAAUGAAAAUUCUAAUGUAAGGUGUGAAGAAUACAUAGAUUAUAGAGUGAGAGGAACAUGA